AUGCCCCGUUUUGCUGCGGUUUGCUUUGCUUUGCUCAAAGAAGUGAUUUGGCGUGCUAUGAGUGGCUCCUACGUUUUAAUUUAUGUGUUUAAGAAAAGCAAGGGCUUAACCCUGUGCCUAGUUGUAGAAGGUUUUCCGUCACUAUACUGUAAUUUAGAGAUGGUUUUUGUGAAAUCUCAAAGAGAGGGUUGGGCCACAGUACGCACAGGGAGACCUACAUAUACUGGCAAUAUUGCCAGUGAGAGCAUCAAAUCUGAACAAAACUCUCAAAAAUCUCAAUGA